AUGGAUGAGGUAGUAAGAAGUCUACCUAGCUCCGAAAAGAUUUUCCUUGGUCAUAUCAGUACAACUUCUAGUGGUUUUGAUGAUGUUUAUGAAGGCUUUGGUUUUAGGGAGAGGAACGGUGGUGGGGCAUCUCUUUUGAAUUUUGCUAAAGAAUUUGAGUUGAGACUGGUGGAGAAAUUUAGGGAAAGAAAGAGGGAUCUUUAUAUGGUGUUCUUUGAUCUUGGAAAGGCCUAUGACAAGGUUUCAAGGAACGUCCUUUGGAGGUGUAUGGAGACUAAAGGUAUUCUGAUGGUAAAUAUUAGGGCGAUAACAGAUAUGUAUGAUGGAGCCAAGACUCGAGUUAGGAUGGUGGAAGGUGACUCAAAGCAUUUUCCUGUUGAUUUGGACACAUUAAGGAUCUGCGCUAAGCCCUUUCCUUUUUGCCUUGGUGAUGGGUGA